AUGCCUCUACACUUGUUACCCCUUGUGCAGCUGCUUAAUAUUGCCUGUUUCUUGCUAUUAAAGAGCGCGUACAGUUGUCAGAUUCAAAGGAUCUUAGCCUUAGCACGUAAUUACAUUAACUAUAUUAGUAAACAGAGCUUCUUACUAGCCUCUAAAAUAGCUUUUAAGAAGGCGUUUAUAAGAGAGAAUGCUUGUAUAGGGUUUUAA